CCACGCCAUCUCCCUUCAGCUAAAACCCAAUCUCCGAUAUACUACUAAUAGCUAAACCACUUGGACUAUAAAACACAACAAAUCAUAAAGCCGGGAAAGGACGGCAGGCUCCUUCCAAUGAGUUCUUAUUUUGUCAACUCGACCUUCCCGGUGAGUCUGGCGGCGGGGCAGGAGCCCUUCCUGGGACAGAUCCCGUUAUAUCCCUCGGGCUAUGCGGAUCCUUUGAGGCACUACCCCACCACCUAUGGAGCCACGGGAGUCCAGGAGAAGGGCUAUGCCUCCUCUCCCUACUACCAGCAAAGCAACGGAGCCUACAGCCGCAGCUCCGCCUGUGACUAUGGGGCUGGCAGUUUUUUCAGGGAGAAGGACCCUGCGUGCGCCCCUUCCAACCUGGACGAGGUGCCCUUCGCCCCCGAGCCGCGCAAGUCGGACUGCGCGCAGAGCAAAACUGUGUUCGGAGAGAGCGAGGAGCAAAAGUGUUCCGCCCCGGUUUACCCCUGGAUGCAGCGGAUGAACUCUUGCAAUAGUGUCACAGGUUCCUCCUUCGGGCCCAGCGGCCGCAGAGGCCGCCAGACUUACACCCGCUACCAGACGCUGGAGCUGGAGAAGGAAUUUCACUUCAACCGCUACCUGACCCGGCGCCGGCGGAUCGAGAUCGCCCACUCCCUCUGCCUGACGGAGCGGCAGAUCAAAAUCUGGUUCCAGAACCGCCGGAUGAAGUGGAAAAAAGAGAACAAACUGCUCAACUCCUCGCAGCUGAGCGCGGAGGAGGAGGAGGAGAAAACGGCGGAGUGAAAGUAUUAUUUAAAAAAAGAGAGAGGGAUUGCGUGCGUGUAAGAGCCAAGAGGAUGAGGGUGGUGUGGGCUGGCUGCGAGGAAAGGGAAAACGUGCACAUUGGUGGGACAAGCCCUCUGCAGCAACGGCAACAGCUAGAAAGUUUGGGCCACCAAUGCCAUGGACUCGUGUUCCCAGUAAACUGUCGUGUCCAGAAAAAAAAGAAAAAAGAAAAAAAAAAAUCAGGCUUCUAGUUGCGUUUUUUUCUUCCUAGACUUCCGUGCGCCCCUACCCCCCC